GUUUCACAAGAGCAGAGAGCAGAGAGCAGAGAGCAGAGAGCAGAGAGCAGAGCGCAGGCUUGUGCUGUGUUCUUGAAACAUGAUGGCCAUGGACAACUAUUUUCUAUUCCCACCCCGGACCUGUGAUUGUGAUUGGGAUCCGCACACCUCUGGAUCUGCAGAUGAUCUCCGUCGACAACUCAUGCCUUCGGUAGUACUGGAGUCUCCGGCGUCGUCGUCGCAGGCCUCGACCGGCUACUUGCAAGAUGCCGUGGCCGAGUGGAGCCUCCGGAGCAAGCGGCGACGCCUGACUUCGCCGUGUCCGCAGGAUAUUCUCCAGGGGUUUUGUUUUGGAGAUCUCUUGCUCGACCAGAACUGCAUGCCAUCUGAUCAACCAGGUGCUUCUUCCUCCUACGAGAAGUCACUGCAAUUCUCCAGAGAGCUGCAGCGAAAGGAUAGCUCGGAUUCGAAUUCUAAACCAAAACCAGUACUCACUGCGGAAGUUAGCGAGAGAAGGGCAUGUGGGAAUAAGCAGAGCGUCGCGUACCCGUUUGCGGUGGUGAAGCCGGGUGGACUGGAGGGAGACGUGACGCUGGCCGACAUCAACGAGCGAAUUUUCAUGAGGCCGAAGCGCCCGGUCCGGCACCCGGUGGGGGAGUUUGCGGGUGGACCGUGCGUGGUCUCGCCGGCGGGACCGGGGCUCUCUGGCAAAGCGGUGGUCAGCCUGACCAGGAUUCAAACGCGAGGAAGGGGAACGAUAACGAUCAUAAGGACCAAAGGGUGACAUUUAAUUCGUGGGGGAAUUGUGUAACAGCAAAAAGGGGAAAAAGGUUAAUUGUGGAUUUAUAUAUAAAAACAGAGUUGUACAUUGAUCUUGUUUCCUAUGUAUAUUUCUCAAUACGCAGAAUUACACAUGAGCCGGCUCUGGAGCUUUGGAGCUUGCUUAAAAAAUAUACA